AUGGCAUCGACUCUAGUUGGAAGCUCUGGUCGGGAGUAUGUUCGGGACAAACUACUAAAGCAUAACCCGUUGAGACCAGAUCUUAGCGUUUACCUUGCAAAAUCUGGGGACCAAAACUUUGUAAUGAAGAAGAUGUCUGAUAUGGUCUUUGACUUGGCCUUGGACUAUAAGAAUGACUUUCCCGACAGCCGCCGUCUUCGGAUACAUGUUGACGAGAACGACGAGGAAAAAGUCGUUAUAUACGAAUACUUCGACGAUAACUUGCUCUCAUUCGUGAAUAAAAAUCCAAAUUUAAAUUUAGCUAGGAAAUGGAUACUGCGGGAGCUGGGAGAAUCAUUGAAAGAGUUCCAUGCGAAAAAUUGGAUACAUAUAGAUGUGAAGCCUGACAACGUGAUGAUCAACUAUAGCCAGGACAAAAGCGGACAGCCCGUCCCGGAGAAGGUGGUACUCGGUGACCUGGACGUCUCGCUGAAGAUGAAAGGUGACAAACUUCUACGGCUUCCAGAAGGCAUCAAGCUCGGCAACGUAAUGUGGCGUAGCCCCGAAGCUCAAACUGGCCAAGGAAUUAGAAAGCCAUCCGACGUGUUCUCUUACGGCCUUGUGAGCCGGUUCACGACGACUGGCGUAGAAAGUUUACGCCCAGACUUCAAACAAUUAGAAAUUGACGGAGUAGAGCCGGAGCUAGAAAUCAUGGGCCUCUUGAUGGCCUUCUUUGGACCAGUUCCUUCUGAAUUAGUCACACUUGUCCAGCACGAGGAAUGGGGGAGGGUGAUGACCGUCCUCUCCGAAGCAACCAUGGACGGUGGUCCUGUUGGGCCUGGCCGAUUUACUACAUGGGAUGAGAAGGAAUACCCCAAUCUUGACUCUGAGGCAAAGCGGACGUUGUUGAGGCUGACGGAUCUUGCUCCAUCGAAAAGAGCAACAAUGGAAGAAAUCUUAGAGGAUCCGUGGUUCACUUCAUGA